AUGGAGAAAAAAAGGAAUCGCAAGCCGAACUGGACUGAGGAGCAAGGUUUGUUGCUGGCCCAGUUGGUGAACGAACAUAAAGGUAUGUUACGAGGAAAAUUUGGCCCAACUGUCACUAGCCAAGGCAAGAGGCGCGCCUGGGACACAAUAUCCCAAACAAUCAAUGCCUCUUUUCCACUGGUGGUGCGGACAGGCGACGAUUGUGAGAAAAGGUGGUAUGUGCUGCAGUCCAAGGCAAAAGAUGAGAUUGCAGCACACAAUUGAUGUGUUUGAACAACAAAAAAAAGUCCUUUCCCUUCAGGAGGAGUACUACCGCCUUAAAAUUGAACACCUAAAAAAUAAACCAUUUAGAGAUUGUGUUCUGUGUCUUGCAUUUAACAGUUGCAGGUGAUGUGCAGUAAAACUGUGGUAGUUCUUAAUACCAUCACAAGUUCUCAAAUGACAUGGGGCUACAGCUUGCCUGAAAUGUAAAUUUGUGAAGUUUGCCCUGUAAGGCAGUCCACUCUGGGCUAGGUUCCCCUGUGGAAUGUGAAUAUCUUCUUCACCACCAUCCUCAUCGUUUUCUCCAUCCUCAUCCUCAUCGCCAUCCUCCAGAGGUUCUGCAAUCUGUCUAACCUUGCAAAUAUUGUGUAAUAUUGCACAGGCUAUGAUGAGUUUGCUGACUUUUUCAGGCCUCAGCCGCACCUCUCCGUGGAGAACAUGAAAGCGCCUCUUAAGCUGGCCUAUGCCACGCUCCACCACCGCUCUUGUUGUCUUGUGGGCCCUACAAUAGAAUACAGACCUUUAAUUAUUUGAUGGAAAUAUUGCACUACUUGGAUGCUCUAACAUAUUGCUUGCAUUUCAUUUCCAUGAUUUUUGUAUUGUUUGGCUUACCUGUUAUAGUUUAGUUGGGGCCCUUGGCGUGGCUGGAGGUAAGGUGUAAGGAGCCAUGGUUUGCAUGGGUAGCCACUGUCCCCUAACAAGUGGCAAUUAGCUGGCACAUAGCGUCUCUCAAAAAGCUGUCUGAUGCCACUCUCGGAGAGCAUUCUCGCAUCAUGUGUGGAGCCUGGCCAUUUAGCCACAAUGUCCAAAAUCUUCCAGGCCGCAUUGAACACUAUUUGCACAUUGAUGCUGUGGAAAUUCUUCCUGUUAACAAAGACAGCCUCGUCCUCUGAUGGCGCAAUUAUUCUCACAUGUGUUCCAUCAAUUACACCCACAACGCCAGGGAAUCCUGCAAUGUCCAUAAAUGCCCUUUUAUGUGUGUGUAAAGUGCGGGCAUCCAGCGGGAAUGAAACAAAUUGUGUCACAAUAUUAGGUUGUGACAAAGCUGUCAGUGUUUGGGUGAUGACUCUGCUGACGGAGGAUUGGGACAGACCCAAGUCAUCACUGCUGCAUUGUUGCAUUUUCCCUGUUGCCAAAUACCUCAGGGUUGUGAUUACUUUCUUCUCCGGUGUAAUAGCGUUUGUGGCGUCGAGUUGGUGAAGUAAUUGCAUCUCUAAGGAGAUCCACCACAAACAUGAUUCCUGCACGAUCCAAUCUGUAGCGUCUCAAUAAUUCCCUGUCAUCCAGUGUUUGCAGGACAUCUCUCCUGCCUCCUCUGUUGGCCAUUUUGUGCAGCUGCUUAGGGUAACUCCUAAGCCACUAAAAGUCCUCUUCCCUGCUCUUAGCAGAUCUCGCCUUAGGAGCCCUUUUAAGCGCUAGGACUCUUGAGGAAUAGCUUUUAUAUAUUUUCGUGUCACUUUUAGGGGAAAUUCUAAGAAAACGUCAUGCCUCUGAGAAUUUUCUUAGAAUUUGGCCGCUAGGAGCCACUUUUUGCACAAAAAUUCUUUAGAGAUACGGGCCCAGGGUUCUUCAAUUCCGGUCCUGGAGGGCCGAAACACCUCUGUUUUUCAUCCUCUCCUUCUAAUCAGGGGCUAAUUCAGACCUGGGACACCAGGACCGGAAUUGAAGAACCCUGCUAUAGACUCUGUGAGAUAUACUAGAUGAGACAGGAUGUGGACUGGUGUCAGAAAGGAUGGUGCGUUACCGCCACCAACAGCACAGGUGGUGAAAUUACAUUUAGAAUUAGAAGCUAGGUACUAGCUAGAUAGUGUGUGCUAGCUAGCUAAAGUAGUGACAUUUGCUAGCUAGCUAGUGACGUCUGCUAGCUAGCUAGUGACGUCUGCUAGCUAGUGGCGUUUACUAGCUAGCGUGUACUAACUAGCCUAGCUGGUGUGUACUAGCUAGCUGCAAAAGCAACAGUGGUUAACAUAACGCCCUGGACCAGAGCUAGUGCACUGACUAGAGCUAGUGCCUAGCACACUGACACCACAGAGUUUCUAAACCUAGAGGCACAACAUCACGAUACUUCCGGGAACGCUUGCGAAACCGACCAGUCCGGCGUUUGGGGUUUGAUAAGUCAAUGAGAGAAGUGAAAAAAUCUUCCUUAGCUGUUAAUUUUCUCGAAAUCUAAAGGGACAACCAAAAUUCGAGCCAAUGUCUUAAGUAGUUGAACAUAGUAUCACUCCAACCUUGUGAAAGUGAAAAACUGACACAUUUACAUUUUCAUCAAAAACAACUUUAUAUCGAAAGAGUUCCUUUGAUUUGACAGCCUGCACAUGAGCAGUUCGGUGCGAGACGACCGUUGGACCAGAUUAUGUGUUUCUAUCCAUGAGCUUAGCUAGCCAACAUCGCCAUGACAUCGCCUACAAGUGUGAUUGGGUGGUCCUCUGUGGCUCAAUGUGGUCCUCUGUAGCUCAAUUGGUAGAGCAUGGCGCUUGUAACGCCAGGGUAGUGGGUUCGAUCCCCGGGACCACCCAUACGUAAAAAUGUAUGCACACAUGCCUGUAAGUCGCUUUGGAUAAAAGCGUCUGCUAAAUGGCAUAUUAUUAUUAUUAUUAUUAUUAUUAUUAUUAUUAUUAUUAUUAAGCAGUUUUAGCCUAUCUAUAUCUUCAUACUGUACUGUCUUUGCUGACACCCUGGAACAAAGUUACUGAUUCACGCGAUACAUGAGACCGACAAACAUCUAGAGGUUGCACACGUACAUACCAUUUGAGAUGCAAAAAUACCAUCUGAAAUGCACGCGCGUGCGCUUUGAGGUUCACAGACCACACGGCGUCGGCACCCAUAAUCUGCAGCUGGAUGCUUCUCUGCAGUAUUUGUAUUGGAAAACACUGGUGUUUAGCUACAAACUAAUCCAACAUUUUGCUUUUGGGAAACGUGCAAAGUCAGCGUUAACCAGUUGUAGCAACAGUAGCUGAACCGUUUAUUGUGAACGACAACACAGUUGUAGCUCGCUAGCUGACACUACAGCAGGCUGUUUACCUCUGUGUUGUCUAGCUAUGGGAGUUGCCUGCUUAAAACCCUUUCUGACAGCUCACCUGUCAAGACACUAUCAGUUUUAUAAUAAAUAAUUAAUUAUUUAUGAAUAGGGGUUUGGCUCAACAAAAUGGAGUUAUUAGGAUUUUUUUAAGCUGCAAGCACAACUAAAUAUUUCCCUCAUAAUGAAAUGAUCAUGGGACCGGAGAAUGGCCACAGCUGGCUGCCGUUUUACGGGCUCCUAACCAAUUGUGCUAUUGUGUGUGUUUUUUCGCGCUAUUUGUAACUCAUUUUGUACAUAAUGUUUCUGCCACCGUGUCUUAUGACCAAAAAGAGCUUCUGGAUAUCAGGACACCCGACAAGGGCCAAAUUCCCGUCAUUUGCAUGAGAAAGAGACAGAGAUAUCGGGGACGUAGGUUGGGGUGCCUUGUUAGGAUCCGACGGCGAGUGCGUAAUCUGCCUCUACCGUCAGUCCUACUAGCCAAUGUACAAUAAUUAGAUGUCAAAAUAGAUGAACUAAGAUCAUGGAUAUCCUACCAACGGGACAAACUGUAAUAUCUUAUGUUUCACCGAGUCGUGGCUGAACGACGACAUGGAUAACAUACAGCUGGCGGGAUAUAAGCUGCAUCGGCAAGAUAGAACAGCUGCCUCCGGUAAGACAAGGGGUGGCGGUCUGUGUAUAUUUUAAACAACAGCUGGUGCACAAAAUCUAAUAUUAAGGAAGUCUCGAGGUUUUGCUCGCCUGAGGUAGAGUAUCUUAUGAUAAGCUGUAGACCACACUAUUUACCAAGAGAGUUUUCAUCUAUAUUUUUCUAUUUACCACUACAAACUGAUGCUGGCACUAAGACCGCACUCAAUGAGCUAUAUAAGGCCAUAAGCAAACAGGAAGAAAAACUCUAGACCACCUUUACUCCACACACAGAGACGCAUACAAAGCUCUCCAUCGCCCUCAAUUUGGCAAAUCUGACCAUAACUCAACCCUCCAGAUUCCUGCUUACAAGCAAAAACUAAAGCAGGAAACACCAGUGACUCGGUCAAUAAAGAAGUGGUCAGAUGAUGCAGAUGCUAAGCUACAGAACUGUUUUGCUAGCACAGACUGGAAUAUGUUCCGGGAUUCUUCCGAUGGCAUUGAGGAGUACACCACAUCAGUCACUGGCUUCAUCAAUAAGUGCAUCGAUGACGUCGUCCCCACAGUGACUGUACGUACAUACCCCAACCAGAAGCCAUGGAUUACAGGCAACAUCCGCACUGAGCUAAAGGGUAGAGCUUCCGCUUUCAAGGAGCGGGACUCUAACCCGGACGCUUAUAAGAAAUCCCGCUAUGCCCUCCGACGAACCAUCAAACAGACAAAGCAUCAAUACAGGAAUAAGAUUGAAUCGUACUACACCGGCUCUGAAGCUCGACGGAUGUGGCAGGGCUUGCAAACUAUUACAGACUACAAAGGGAACCCCAGCCGCGAGCUGCCCAGUGACACGAGCCUACCAGAUGACCUAAAUUACUUCUAUGCUCGCUUCGAGGCAAGCAACACUGAAGCAUGCUCUCCAUAGCCGAUGUGAGUAAGACCUUUAAACAGGUCAACAUUCACAAGGCUGCAGGGCCAGACGGAUUACCAGGACAUGUACUCUGAGCAUGCGCUGACCAACUGGCAAGUGUCUUCACUGACAUUUUCAACCUGUCCCUGACUGAGUCUGUAAUACCAACAUGUUUCAAGCAGACCACCAUAGUCCCUGUGCCCAAGAACACUAAGGUAACCUGCCUAAAUGACUACCGACCCGUAGCACUCACGUCUGUAGCCAUGAAGUGCUUUGAAAGGCUGGUCAUGGCUCACAUCAACACCAUUAUCACAGAAACCCUAGACCCAUUCCAAUUUGCAUACCGCCCCAACAGAUCCACAUUUGCAAUCUCUAUUGCACUCCACACUGCCCUUUCCCACCUGGACAAAAGGAACACCUACGUCAGAAUGCUAUUCAUUGACUAUAGCUCAGCGUUCAACACCAUAGUGCCCUCAAAGCUCAUCACUAAGCUAAGGUCCCUGGGACUAAACACCUCCCUCUGCAACUGGAUCCUGGACUUCCUGACAGGCCGCCCCCAGGUGGUAAGGGUAGGUAACAACACAUCUGCCACACUGAUCCUCAACACAGGGGCCCCUCAAGGGUGCUUGCUCAGUCCCCUCCUGUACUCCCUGUUCAACCAUGACUGCAUGGCCAGGCACGACUCCAACAUCAUCAUUAAGUUUGCCAACAACGAUGAGACAGCCUAUAGGGAGGAGGUCAGAGACCUGACCGUGUAGUGCCAGGAUAACAACCUCUCGCUCAAUGUGAUCAAGACAAAGGAGAUGAUUGUGGACUACAGGAAAAAGAAGAGGACAGAGCACGCCCCCAUUCUCAUCGACAGGGCUGUAGUGGAGCAGGUUGAGAGCUUCACCAACAAACUAUCAUGGUCCAAACACACCAAGACAGUCGUGAAGAGGGCAUGACAAAGCCUAUUCCCCCUCAGGAGACUGAAAAGAUUUGGCAUGGGUCCUCAGAUCCUCAAAAAGUUAUACAGCUGCACCAUCGAGAGCAUCCUGACUGGUUGCAAUACUGCCUGGUACGGCAACUGCUCGGGCCUCCGACCGCAAGGCACUGCAGAGGGUAGUGCGUACGGCCCAGUACAUCACUGGGGCCAAGCUUCCUGCCAUUCAGGACCUCUAUACCAGGCGGUGUCAGAGGAAUGCCCUACAAAUUGUCAAAGACUCUAGCCACCCUAGUCAUAUACUGUUCUCUCUGCUACCGCACGGCAAGCGGUACCGGAGCGCCAAGUCUAGGUCCAAAAGGCUUCUUAACAGCUUCUACCCCCAAGCCAUAAGACUCCUGAACAUCAAAUCAAAUGGCUACCCGGACUAUUUGCAUUAUCCCCCCCACACACCCUCUUUUACGCUGCUGCUACUCUCUGUUUAUUAGCUAUGCAUUGUCACUUUAACUCUACCUACAUGUACAUAUUACCUCAAUUACAUCGACUAACCUGUGCCCUCGCACAUUGACUCUGUACCGGUACCCCCUGUAUAUAGCCUCGCUACUGUUAUUUUACUGCUGCUAUUUAAUUAUUUUUUUAUUUAUCUUUUUUUUACUUAACACUUAUUUUUCUUAAAACAGCAUUGUUGGUUAAGGGCUUGUAAGUAAGCAUUCCACUGUAAGGUCUACACAUUUUGUAUUCAGCGCAUGUGACAAAUAACAUUUAAUUUGAUUUUGAUUUGACAUGGUUACAACAGCACAAGCUGAAGUUGCUAACAUGUGACAACUCCAGCCAUGCCUCUCCAGUAAGGGUUGAAUCAUGAUCUAGUCCUGAUUCCUUGAUCCCUCCCAGUGUAGCGAUUGUGGGAACAGCCUGUGCCAUUUAGCCUAAGCCUGGGCCUCUUGGCAGAGGUAGUAGCACGCUCACAUGCAGGGAAGCUACUGACUAACACUUUGCUGUGUCUCUGUGUGGCAAUCAAUAUUUGUUUGCUUUUGAACUAAGGCACAUGCACAAGACGAAAGUACAUGCACGCGAUGCAUAAUAACCAUAGUCUUGCAGGUGUUCACAUAAUUUUGCGCAGGUGAUCGAAAUUUCAACGGCAGUACCGGCGCUCUAAAAAGUUGGGUAAAUAAUACUUAAUAAUACCUGUGGAUAUUUUGUCUAAAAUUUCUGCACAUAGAGUAAGUUCAAAUGUAAUUUUAUUCAAUAUUCUGGCUGUAAGGAAACAAGAAUUGGUGUCACGGUCUGAUUUAUUAGGCAACUGAUCUGCAUGCUUUGCCUAAAGGAAAAGUGGACUGGACUGCCUUUUUCAUGAUCUCCAACGAGAGAAGCGGCUUUGGGUCAACCCCUAAAGGCAAGGCGUUGCACAGAUGUGCAGAUCAUUAGGCUAAUGAGUACUCUAGGGUAUUUGUUUGGAAUGCAAGGUGAUAGAUCAGUGAGCACUUUGCUCAAGCCGAUCGAAUGUACAGAUGAGGCAUAACUGAGGCACAGCUUACCCUCCCCCAAUCCUAGUCUUAUAACCAUUUUCCCCAGUGAAUGUAAGUUCCAAAUGUCCUGACUCUCAGCUGACAUUGCAAGGCCACUUGUCAGCAGGUCCAACUCCCCCACAUACAGGUCUGGGAAGAAUGUGUAGGGCAGGGAUCAUCAACUAUAUUGAACAAAAAUAUAAACGCAACAUGUAAAGUGUUGGUCCCAUGUUUCAUGAGUUGAAAUAAAAGAUCACAGAAAUGUUCCAUAUGCACAAAAUGCUUAUUUCUCUAAAGUUUUGUGCACAAAUUAGUUUACAUCCCUGUUAGUGAGCAUUUCUCCUUUGCCAAGAUACUCCAUACACCUGACAGGUGUGGCAUACCAAAAAGCUGAUUAAACAGCAUGAUCAUUACACAGGUGCACCUUGUGCUGGGGACAAUAAAAGGUCACUCUAAAAUGUGCAGAUUUGUCACACAACACAAUGCCACAGAUGUCUCAACCUCCAGUUGCGUACCCCCUCUAGCACCAGGGUCAGCGCACUCUCAAAUGUAGUUUUUUGCCAUCAUCGUAAGCCUGCCACAAACACAUUAUACGAUACAUUUAUUAAACAUAAGAAUGAGUGUGAGUUUUUGUCACAACCCAGCUCGUGGGAAGUGACAAAGAGCUCUUAUAGGACCAGGGCACAAAUAAUAAUAUAAUAAUAAUAAUCAUCAUCAUCAUCAUCAUCAAUAAUUUUGCUCUUUAUUUAGCCAUCUUACAUAUAAAACCUUAUGUGUUCAACAAAACUUGUGAAUAACUUACCACAGGUUAAUGAGAAGGGUGUGCUUGAAAGGAUGCACAUAAUUCUGCAAUGUUGGGUUGUAUUGGAGAGAGUCUCAGUCUUAAAUCAUUUCCCACACACAGUCUGUGCCUGUAUUUAGUUUUCAUGCUAGCGAGGGCCGAGAAUCCAGUCUCACAUAGGUACGUGGUUGCAAAGGGCAUCAGUGUCUUAACAGUGCGAUUUGCCAAGGCAGAAUACUCUGAGCGCAGCCCUAUCCAGAAAUCUGGCAGUGGCUUCUGAUUAAAUUCAAUUUUCACAGAACCGCUUGUUGCAAUUUCGAUGAGGCUCUCUGGUUCAGAUAUCGGUAAGUGGACUGGAGGCAGGGCAUGAAAGGGAUAACGAAUCUAGUUGUUUGUGUCGUCCGUUUCGGGAAAGUACCUGCGUAAUUGCGCACCAAGCUCACUCAGGUGCUUCGCUAUAUCACAUUUGACAUUGUCCGUAAGCUUGAGUUAAUUUGCGCACAAAAAAUAAUACAAUGAUGGAAAGACCUGUGUGUUGUCCUUGUUAAUGCAGACAGAGAAGAGCUCCAACUUCUUAAUCAUAGCCUCAAUUUUGUCCCACACAUUGAAUACAGUUACGGAGAGUGCCUGUAAUCCUAGAUUCAGAUCAUUCAGGCGAGAAAAAACAUCACCCAAAUAGGCCAGUCGUGUGAGAAACUUGUCAUCAUGCAAGCGGUCAGACAAGUGAAAAUUAUGGUCAGUAAAGAAAACUUUAAGCUUGUCUCUCAAUUCAAAAAAACGUGUCAAUACUUUGCCCCUUGAUAACCAGCACACUUCUGUAUGUUGUAAAAGCGUAACAUGGUCACUGCCUAUGUCAUUGCGUAAUGCAGAAAAUACACAAGAGUUCAGGGGCCUUGCUUUAACAAAGUAAACGGUUUUCACUGUAGUGUCCAAAACAUCUUUCAAGCUGUCUGGCAUUCCCUUGGCAGCAAGAGCCUCUCUGUGGAUGCUGCAGUGUACCCAAGUGGCGUCGGGAGCAACUGCUUGCACGUGCGUUACCACUCCACUAUGUCUCCAUGUCAUGGCUUUUGCGCCAUCAGUACAGAUACCAACACAUCUUGACCACCAAAGUCCAUUUGAUGUCACAAAGCACAAACUGUCAGAAACCGUCUCAGGAAAGCUCAUCUGCGUGCUCGUCGUCCUCACCAGGGUCUUGACCUGACUGCAGUUCGGUGUCAUAAGCAACUUCAGUGGUCAAAUUCUCACCUUCGAUGGCCACUGGCAGACUGGAGAAGUGCGUUCUUCACGGAUGAAUCCUGGUUUGAACUGUACCAGGCAGAUGGCAGUAUGGCGUCGUGUGGGCGAGCGGUUUGCUGAUGUCAACGUUGUGAACAUGGUGGGGUUAUGGUAUGGGCAGGCAUAAGCUACGGACAACGAACACAAUUGCAUUUUAUUGAUGGUAAUUUGAAUGCACAGAGAUACUGUGAUGAGAUCCUGAGGCCCAUUGUCAUGCCAUUCAUCCGCCGCCAUCACCUCAUGUUUUGCAAAGAUCUGUACACAAUUCCUGGAAGCUGAGUGUUCCAGUUCCCACCAAUAUCCAGCAACUUCGCACAACUAUUGAAGAGGAGUGGGACAACAUUCCACAGGCCACAAUCAGCCGCCUGAUCAACUCUAUGCGAAGGAGAUGUGUCGCGCUGCAUGAGGCAAAUGGUGGUCACACCAGAUAUUGACAGGUUUUCUGAUCCAUGCCCCUAGCUUUAAAAAAAUAAAAAGGAAAUGUGACCAAUAGAUGCAUAUCUGUAUUCCUAGUUAUGUGAAAUCCAUAGAUUAAGGCCUAAUUAAUUUAUUUCAAUUGACUGAUAUCCUUAUAUAACUGUAACUCAGUAAAAUCUUUAAAAUUGUUGCAUGUUGCGUUUUUUAUAUAUUUUUUCUUAAGCAGAUGGUCGGGGUGCCGGAACAUAAUUAAAAAAUAAUUUGUAGACUGCAAAUUGACCGCAAGAAUCCCAAUCAGAUAAAAUAUUUGACUACAGCAUAAUCAUUUCAAACCUUGCUUAUACAAUCAUGUCUCUCUGUUAUGCAUGGGAAUACUUGGGAACAGAUUUCCAUAAUUAAAAUCACUUGGAGCAGAUUUCCAGGUGUUUUUAAAGUAUGUUAUGUCCAACAAUGAAAAUUCAACAACGACAAAAACUUGGGGGGGCCAAAUAAAACCACCCUUGGCAGUUGGGGAACCCUGGUGUCCGGCCUAGUCUUAUGCAACAGCAAGGAGCAUUUUUUUCUCUUGCCCUGGAUUUACGAGUUCCUGGGUGUGGGAGAUGGGCAUGAUGUCCGAUUAACAUUUGCUGAGGGCUUUCCAAACGGAGGAAUGACUGGUUUUGCCUCUCAGUACUAGUAGGUCUCGUGAGCUCAGAUUUCUGCCCUGUGCUGUCACUUUUAGCACUGUCAUUUCCUGUGUCUUCAACUGGAAAUGAACAUGUUAGGUUUUACUGAAGAAGUGGAACUUAGGGGCAUUCAUUAUGAGCUACUUAUGAGGCUAAGGUAUAUUUUUAGUGUGAACAUUUUAUUCAAGAGAAGAUAAGCAAAGGUAAGAUAAAAUAUAAAUAAACAACACAAUCAAACUUUUAAUUUGUUCACUCAAUGGUGUGGAGGAAGAGGAUUAUGUUAACAUUGACCUAGAUGACACACACUAUAAUAAACUUACCAGAAUAGUCUAGUUCAUCUUUGCGUUAGCCCUGAAACUAGGCAGCAUGAUCCAGAUGUUUAGGAUUCUUGUGCUAUGUCAAUUGAAUAGUUACUUGAAGCCAGGAGAACCCUAGUUUAGGCUAGGAACCUCCCUCCUACACAGCAGUUAACUGACUACAGUAGUACUUAUACUCUUCACUCCCUGUUUAGCAUAAAUACUACACUCACAAAAAAACAAAAACCAUUAUAAUAAUUAUUACUACCAUACUCCACUAUUUAAAUCUAUUUAUUCCUACUUCAGGCCAACAGCCUGAAGGGAUGGGACACCACCACUUAACACACCCUGUAACUCUUCUGAUGUCAAGUCUUGCACACCCAAAUACCUCUGCAGCUGCCACCACAACCUCUAUUUUCUGCGACUUAUGUUCCACCCCUGCAGUACAGUUGAUAACAAUUGCUAUAAAUGCCAAAAAUCCAAUCUUACUGAAACAUAUAUCACUUGUUAGUUUAUCCCUCUGUACUGGUACAUCUCUACUACUCACACCAUUCCUCUCAGGAUCCCUCCCCCUUGACCCAUCUUCCUCUACUUUCUUCACUGCCUCAGCAUAUGACAACUUCUGCACUACUCUAACCCUGGAAACCUCAACCUGCCUCUCUCGCACCGGACAUUUCGGAUCCCCAGCCCCAUGGGCUCCCCUACAAUUAACACAUACAACUACUUUCCCCAAUGCUACACAUUCCUUUGUCUCGUGCCCUUCUGCACACUUCUCACACCUAGGAACCUCCCUUCUACACACUGCUGCCACAUGCCCAUACGCUUGACACCUGUAACAACGUAAUGUAUUCGGCACAAAAGCUCGUACCGGAUAACUUAUAUAUCCUAACAUCACUUUGUCGGGCAAAACUCAAAAGAACAGACUAUGACUCUUCUGUUUCUCCACUCACGCCACCCUGUCUGCGUUGCACCAAACGACGAGCAUCACAAACACCGGGAAUCUUCCCCUUCAGUUGGUCAGCUUUCACAUUUACCGCUACCCCAGUAAUCACGCCUUUCAAUGGCACCCUUUUCUUGAGAGCAAAACAGUUCACAUUUCUUUCCCCCAUUCGUUUAACAUGGAGCGCCUGCUCCCUCUGACCAGCAGAAACACAAACAAUUAUCACUAGACCACUUCUGGUUACCCUCACCGAUUUCACAGCACCCAACUCUGUUUUCACCCAUCCUGAAACCACAAAUUGAUCAGCCAAAAGGCAAGGGUCCACUUUUUCCAAAAACUUCACUCCUACUGUCACAGACUCAUCUUUAUACUGACCCUCGGUACAAACCUCACUCUGUUUACACUUUCUACCAUUCUUCAUUAACAAACCAUCUCCCCUUUUCCCACCAUUUUUAACUGAAUCAAGUUCACCCUCUUCCUCCCUCUCUCUCUUAGACCUCCUCUGCCUCUCUUUUUACCUCCAUUCGUCCUCCGUAUUCCAAGUAUAACUCUCCUUAUGAUAGUACUGCACUUCUCCUGACAGACAUCUAGUUCUUGCCUUGUCUAGGGACCACAUUUCUCCUCCUACUCUUCCAAUUUCCCCAACGUCCAAUAGGAUACAUUGUAUUGAUUUCUUCAUUAUGUAGACCCUCAAACACUGAAGUCAGACAUGUUUGUUUUCAUGUGACGCACAUCAAUAUGGCCCAAUCAAUCCAUCGUCCAACAGGAUACAUUUGUAAGAAUGUUUUUAUUAUAACUUUAGCCUAAACAAUGCAUGCAUUUAUUAUGACUGCUUAUUCACAUAUGUACAGCAUGUCCAAUUAAUUGCAAGUUUAAUGCAUUGGUACAAUUUAGAUUAGGCUAGGAAAACAUUCAACAUUCUUUGGUUUGUAUUUCAAAUGAACAAGGGAAAUACAGUAUGUGUAGGCCUACAUGUUAUUAUUAGUGGGUAGGCCAUUAUGAAUGGUAGCGGAACUAGAGAAGCGGAACUGGACAGACAAGCAUUGCUACGUAGACAGGUAAACACAGGUGCGCCUUUUGACACGCGACGCAAAAUAGCAUUGUCAACCACUCUAAUCACAGUUUCGGAAAUACUUAUGACCAGAUAAUAAAGGUAAGUACUACUUUUGUUGAUAUUUCAAAUAAAUAGAAAGCCAACAUCUGUGAUGAUAUUUAUAUCGUAACUAAAACAGGUUACUAAUACGUGUGUAUACCCGGAAGCCAAAAUAGCUUCAACGUUACCAAAAUGUUUGUUAAUAAAUUAUUUAUUUUGAUAGGUUAUUCGAGUCGAUAAAAUUAGUUUUAUCUCACCUCGACCGCACUUAUGGUGAUCUAUUCAGAAGGGUCUCGGUUUCAUCGUUUAUUGGUCGUAGCUGCUAAAGUGAGAGAGAGGGGUUGUCUUUCCAAGGGAAUAAUAUAUAUGUUGUCGGAUUACUUUUUUAUGGUGUAUAAACUGGUAAUGAUAAUAUCUAGGCUAGUGUUGGCUUAUCAAAUAUCAUAUUUUCGCGGUGUAUGGACCUUAACAUUGUGCAGGCAAGCAGUUAGCCUAUAAUUAGUGAAAUAUAUAUACUGCUACUUUAACUGUAUAGUUUAUUAACCGAAUAUUUGUCCCAAAAAAAUGUCAAAUGUUCUAUAACCUGAAUAAGUAUUUUAACCCCUUGGUCUUCCUUGUUUUAUUACAGAAGCUUUAUCUUGGAAAAUGGAUGAGAGAUUGUUAACUUGUAGAACCAAAGAGAGAAACACUACUGAAUUUGAAACUAGGCAUGGAACACCCUCAUAUUUAUUUCAGUAUCUAGGCCACAUCAAUCAUAUGCCCACCCGGGUCAAUUAAUGUGUAAAUGAAUGAUUACACGAUAUAUGAGGAUUUUUCUAUUAAUUAAUUAAAUUUACAUUCACUUACUUGAGCCGAUUGAAUAAAAAAUGGAAUGGACCCCAACACUGAUUCCCAAUUGGUUCAUUCAUUCAUACUGCUUAGUGUAAUACAUUUGCCUUUUUUUCAUGUGAGCUGUGUGUGCCAUCGGUGACUUUUACAGCUAAUGUGUGCCCUGUUAAUGUUAACAUAAUGGGUGUGUACAUGCAGCGCAGUGUUAUGUUGUGUUUGCAGUGGCAUCACUGUGUUGACUGUGUCUGUUGACUAACCUCAAGCCUGUUCCACAGGGAGUCCGGCAGAGGAGGAGCCACCGGGAGGGCUCUGCUCCCCUAGUCCAAAGAGCGAACCCCACCGCAAACCUGAAACACACAUGGUAGGAGCCUUUAGCUCAUCAAUUAAACAGCAGUUAACUGACUACAGUAGUACCUAUAUUCUUCGCUCCCUGUUUAGCAUAAAGCUACUAGUACAACCCACACCAAUAAAUCAGACUAUUUUUUUUAUAUUUCAUUUGGUGCUGCAAGCUGAACAAUGGGUUCCAUUUCAACUUGUCUGCCAUGCAAAAUGACACCUGGAAAUCAUCAAUGUACUGCUUUUGAAUGAAUGAUAUCUACUCCGAUUGCUCUCUCUGUCGGUGUGUCAGGAUGUCCAGGGGUUCAGAUGGGUGCGCUGGCGUGUCUGGCUGUGUCACAUUGGGUCCGUGUUGUCUCUGGGUCUGCUGCUGGUGCUGUUUCGCUGGCGCCCUCGUCUAGGGGUCCUCGCUCGCUGCAACUCCUGUCCACUGGCCUACGCCAAUAUUCUGCUUCUGAGGGUAAUGUCAUUAUCAUAAUUCAUGAUUCAGUGUUUUUGGGUAGUUUGAGAAGCAGCACUUGGGUUAAUGGUUUUGUUCUUGAUCUUCUCUCAGGACAGUUUCGGCCAGCAGUAUGUCGUGGAGGUCCUCACAGAAGAGCUGGAGGAGGGCAGGUUAGAUACACGUCUUUAUCAUCAGACCAUCAACAACUGGCCUAACCAGCUAACUGUUGUAUGUUGACAUAAAAUAUUUCCCAUAUUAUUAGCCAUAAUAGAAUUGCUCUGUCAAUGCUACCAUAAAAAAAAGACUGUCAUUUUCAAAUGUUCAGUGUUUGGAUAUUGGCCAGCUGGAAGGCACUGACUCCUGUACAGUUAUGUAGUUGAAUCUGUUGCUCAGUAACAACUCAAGUUGGUCGUCCUGACUUCUGAUGUAUUGUUUCUCCUUGUGCUCUCUGUAGUUUGGAGCCGGCAGGGAGUGAGGCGGAGGACAGUUCAGACUGGAGAGAUACUGUUCAGCUACACAAAGAGGAGGUAAGGAAGGAAGGGGUAGUAAAGUUGUAUGAAUAAAGUUGAAUUUAAUUACGUUUUAUUGAAGGGGCAGUGACAGAGGCAAGGGCUAGAGAAGUCUGCAGCUUUUAUGCAUCCUGAAUUACUUUCAGGUGCCGCUGCUGCGUUACUACCUGUUUGAGGGGCUGCGCUACGUAUGGAUGGCCAGGAAGGGAGCCUUCUGUCGUGUUAGGUACUGUAUGGGGGUGAUAACAUAGAGGUGUGGGCUAUCGGGUUGGACUGGAGUCAGUGGCAUUGAUACAUAUAAAAUAAACAUGUAAAUGUACAUUUUACAACAUAAAAUGUUGAUGUAACGACAGUUGCCUCUUCCUCCACAGUGUCCUCAAUGAGGACUGGACAUGUGCCGACCUUUAUCAUUUCCGGGAGGGCCUGAGUCGCCUGGAGCAGGACACCAGGUACAUAUGAUGGGAUCACAUACCCUUUCCUCAAGGGUCCGCUCUCGGACCUAGCUCUUUUUUAAGGCUUACCUCAAACACUUGACAUUUGCUGAUCCCAAAUGCUUGACUAACCUGCACCACCGACAGUUGAAUCUGGAGGUAAAGACAAGAUUCACACAUACUUUCAUUUCCACACACUUCACUCCCUCCCCCUCUGCCACCUCAUCCAGUGUCUGACUCCAGUUCUCUCUCCAUCUUUCAGGAGGAAGGUCUACGGGACCAAUCUCAUCGAUGUGCCUGUGAAGUCCUUCAUGCGACUACUGGUUGAGGAGGUGAUUGGCUUGAACAACGAUUUACAUUUUCUCAUUGAUUUACAUAUACAGGACUAGAUUUACUGACCAUUUGCAGUGGUGCACUUGUUUAUAUUCAUAAGGGAAAUAUACAUUCACAAAAGCCGAAUCAUGAAACUUCGGUUUAAGGUCUCAUUGUUCCACGUAAAUGUUCGAUCUACCAACAGUUACAGACAAUAAUACAAGUGUAAGGCCUGCUCACUCUGUACCCCUCUCUCUCUUUCUCCAUCCAUGCCUCUAUUCUCCCUCCCUCCAUCUCUGCAGGUGCUCAACCCAUUCUACAUGUUCCAGGUGUUCAGCAUUGCUUUGUGGCUGACAGAUAAAUACUACUACUAUGCUGCUUGCAUUGUCAUCAUCUCCCUCAUCUCCAUCUGUGUGUCUCUCUACGAGAUCCGCAAGGUGAGUGACACCAGAAGGAGCCUCCCAUGUCCUCUGUGCUCCCAUGAAAGCUUUCAGAUACAUUUACAAAUAGGUAUUUUUGAGAUCGUUAUGGUUCUGAUAUCGUGGGUGAUACAUUAUGGAACACACCUUUUUAUAUUCCUAUUUUCUUAGUACCUGUUAUAGGGCAGACUAUCAUCUAGCUGUCUACAUGUUCACCACUGAAUUGUUGGUUCUGUGAUUCCACAGCAAAGCAACACGAUCCGUAGCAUGGCUCAGCUGAUAACCAAUGUUACCGUGCGCAGAAGCUCCGGGGGUGAGUUUUCCCUCCAUUGUUGUCUUCCAUAGCCAGCAUACACAUAUUUAGCAGAUGUUAUCGCGGGUGUGGCGAAAUGCUUUUGUUCCUAGCUCCAACAGUUCAGUAACUCUUGACAAUAGAAAACAAUACACGCAAAUCAAAAUAUUUAAAUAAAGGAAUUAUGAAAUAUAUAAAUGUUAGAACGAGAGUCAGUCGUAUGUGUAGUAGAGCAGUGGUCACCAACCCUGGUUCUCGGAGAGCUACAGGGUGUGCACAGUCACACUUUGGGUUCAAGCCCACUACUAACACACCGGAUUCCCCUAUUCAAGGUGUUGAUGAUUUGCACACAUACACACUCGUCCACCCCAUUAAAUACAUUUGACUCUGGAAAGACCUGUGUGUUAGUGCUUGGCUGGAACAAAAGUCUGCUGUAGUAGGAGCAGAUUAACACAUUGAUGCCCUGGCGCUGUCUUUCAGAGGAGGACAGUUUGAGCUCGGUGGAGCUGGUCCCGGGGGACUGUGUGCUGAUCCCUCAGGAGGGGCUGCUGCUGCCCUGCGACGCUGCUCUGCUGGCCGGGGAGUGCAUGGUCAACGAGAGCAUGCUCACCGGUGAGGCCAAACAGAACUCUAUCACAAAUGACUUCAGUCAUGAAGUAACAGAAACAGUGACCCCAAACUUUUCCUCAAAAACUACACUGAGGUCUGGCUGAAAUUUGCGUUAAGUUGAAACUUUCUCAACUCUCAUCACAAAAUGUCUAGUUGAACUUGCCAAUGGUCAACUCAUUGAAUAUCUCCUACAUUGACAGUUACUGAUUUUCAAUCCUUUUGAAGCUCUAAGUAGUGAGCAAUGUGAAUCCACUGUAACAGUCACCUGGCCCUCUGUCCACCCAUACUGCCUCUAGGCGAGAGUGUCCCUGUGAUGAAGACCCCACUGCCGGCUGCUGGGGGGCGUUACAGCUCUGAGACCCAGCGCAGACACACCCUCUUCUGCGGCACGCAGUGCAUCCAGGCCAAAGGGGGCCGGCCAGGAGUGGGAGGGGCCAUUGCCGUGGUCACAAGCACAGGUGAGACAGAUACCUUUACACUACCGAUAUGAAAGGUCAAACAACAGACAAAAAUAUAGAUCAUGCAUGUAUGUAUGUGUGUAUAUACACUACCGGUCAAAAGUUUUAGAACACCUACUCAUUAAAGUGUUUUUCUUUUAUUUUUUACUAUGUUCUACAUUGUAGAAUAAUAGUGAAGAGAUCAAAACUAUGAAAUAGCACAUAUGGAAUCAUGUAGUAACCAAAAAAGUGUUAAACAAAUCAAAAUAUAUUUUAUGUUUGAGGUUCUUCAAAUAGCCACCCUUUGCCUUGAUGACGGCUUUGCCCACUCUUGGCAUUCUCUCAACCAGCUUCAUGAGGUAGUCACCUGGAAUGCAUUUCAAAUAACAGGUGUGCCUUCUUAAAAGUUAAUUUGUGGAAUUUAUUUCCUUCUUAAUGCGUUUGAGCCAAUAAGUUGUGUUGUGACAAGGUAGGGGGGGUAUACAGAAGAUAGCCCUAUUUGGUAAAAUACCAAGUCCAUAUUAUGACAAGAACUGCUCAAAUAAGCAAAGAGAAACGACAGUCCAUCAUUACUUUAAGACAUGAAGGUCAGUCAAUACAGAAAAUUUCAAGAACUUUGAACGUUUCUUCAAGUGCAGUCACAAAAACCAUCAAGCGCUAUGAUGAAACUGCUUCUCCUGAGGACCGCCACAGGAAUGGAAGACCCAGAGUUACCUCUCUGCAGAGGAUAAGUUCAUUAGAGUUACCAGCCUCAGAAAUUGCAGCCCAAAUAAAUGUAACAGACACAUCUCAACAGCAACUGUUCAGAGGAGACUGUGUGAAUUAGGUCUUCAUGGUCGAAUUGCUGCAAAGGAACCACUACUAAAGGACACCAAUAAGAAGAAGAGACUUGCUUGGGCCAAGAAACACGAGUAAUGGACAUUAGACCGGUAAAAUGUGUCCUUUGGUCUGGAGUCCAAAUUGGAGAUUUUUGGUUCCAACUGCCGUGUCUUUGUGAGACGCGGUGUGGGUGAACGGAUGAUCUCCGCAUGUGUAUUUCCCACUGUAAAGCAUGGAGGAGUAGGUGUUAUGGUGUGGGGGUGCUUUGCUGGUGACACUGUCUGUGAUUUAUUUAGAAUUCAAGGCACACUUAACCAGCAUGGCUACCACAGCAUUCUGCAGCGAGACGCCAUCCCAUCUGGUUUGGGCUUAGUGGGACUAUCAUUUGUUUUUCAACAGGACAAUGACCCAACACACCUCCAGGCUGUGUAAGGGCUAUUUUACCAAGAAGGAGAGUGAUGGAGUGCUGCAUCAGAUGACCUGGCCUCCACAAUGCCCCGACCUCAACCAAAUUGAGAUAGGUUUGGGAUGAGUCGGACCGCAGAGUGAAGGAAAAGCAGCCAACAAGUGUUCAGCAUAUGUGGGAACUCCUUCAAGACUGUUGGAAAAGCAUUCCAGGUGAAGCUGGUUGAGAGAAUGUCAAGAGUGUGCAAAGCUGUCAUCAAGGCAAAGGGUGGCUAUUUGAAGAAUCUCAAAUAUAAAAUAUAUUUAAAUUUGUUUAACACUUUUUGGGUUACUACAUGAUUCCAUAUGUAUUAUUUCAUAGUUUUGAUAUCUUCACUAUUAUUCUACAGUUGCAAACCGUAGUCUGUCUUUUUUAUGGCGGUUUUGGAGCAGUGGCUUCUUCCUUGCUGAGCAGCCUUUCAGGUUAUGUCGAUAUAGGACUAGUUUUACUGUGGAUAUAGAUACUUUUGUACCUGUUUCCUCCAGCAUCUUCACAAGGUCCUUUGCUGUUGUUCUGGGAUUGAUUUGCACCAAAGUACUUUAAUCUCUAGGAGACAGAACGUGUCUCCUUCCUGAGUGGUAUGACGGCUGUGUGGUCCCAUGGUGUUUAUACUUGCGUACUAUUGUAUGUACAGAUGAACGUGGUACCUUCAGGCGUUUGGAAAUUACUCCCAAGGAUGAACCAGACUUGUGGAGGUCUACAAUUUUUUUUCUGAGGUCUUGGCUGAUUUCUUUAGAUUUUCCCAUGAUGACCAUCGUUAUGUUUUGGAGGAAAAAGGGGUUGCUUGCAAGCCGAAGAACACCAUCCCAACCGUGAAGCAUGGGGGUGACAGCAUCAUGCUGUGGGGAUGCUUUGCUGCAGGAGGGACUGGUGCACUUCACAAAAUAGAUGGCAUCAUGAGGAAGGAAAAUUAUGUGGAUAUAUUGAAGCAACAUCUCAAGAUAUCAGUCAGGAAGGUAAAGCUUGGUCGCAAAUGGUCUUCCAAAUGGACAAUGUUCCAAAGUUGUGGCAAAAUGGCUUAACGACAACAAAGUCAAGGUAUUGGAGUGUCCAUCACAAAGCCCUGACCUCAAUCCUAUAGAACAUUUGUGGGCAGAACUGAAAAAGCGUCUGCGAGCAAGGAGGCCUGCAAAUCUGACUCGGGUACACCAGGAUGUGAUGAAAUGUGAUGAAAGAAAUAAAAGCUGAAAUGAAUCAUUCUCUCUACUAUUAUUCUGACAUUUCACAUUCUUAAAAUAAAGUGGUGAUCCUAACUGACCUAAGACAGGGAAUUUUUACUAGGAUUAAAUGUCAGGAAUUGUGACAAACUGAGUUUAAAUGUAUUUGGCUAAGGUGUAUGUAAACUUCCAACUUCAACUGUAUGUAUGUAUGUAUGUAUAUAUGUAUGUGUGUGUGUAUAUACACACAAAAUACACACAUACUUUCUUAUGCAUGUACACUACCGUUCAAAAGUUUGGGGUCACUUAGAAAUGUCCUUGUUUUCCAUGAAAACAUACAUGAAAUGAGUUUGAAUAGGAAAUAUAGCAAAAUGAAUAGGAAAUGUAGUCAUUGACAAGGUUAGAAAUAAUGAUUUUUAAUUGAAAUAAUAAUUGUGUCCUUCAAACUUUGCUUUCGUCAAAGAAUCCUCCAUUUGCAGCAAUUACAGCCUUGCAGACCUGUGGCAUUGUAGUUGUCCUGAAGCACCUCCCACAAGUUGGAUUUGCUUGAUGGGCACUUCUUAUGUACCAUACGGUCAAGCUGCUCCCACAACAGCUCAAUAGGGUUGAGAUCCGGUGACUGUGCUGGGCACUCCAUUAUAGACAGAAUACCAGCUGACUGCUUCUUCCCUAAAUAGUUCUUGCAUAGUUUGGAGCUGUGCUUUGGGUCAUUGUCCUGUUUUAGGAGGAAAUUGGCUCCAAUCAAGCGCCGUCCACAGGGUAUGGCAUGGUGUUGCUAAAUGGAGUGAUAGCCUUUCUUCUUCAAGAUCCCUUUUACCCUGUACAAAUCUCCCACUUUACCACCACCAAAGCACCCCCAGACCAUCACAUUGCCUCCACCAUGCUUGACAGAUGGCAUCAAGCACUUCUCCAGCAUCUUUUCAUUUGGUCUGCGUCUCACAAAUGUUCUUCUUUGUGAUCCGAACGCCUCAAACUUCGAUUCGUCUGUCCAUAACACUUUUUUCCAAUCUUCCUCUGUCCAGUGUCUGUGUUCUGUUGCCCAUCUAAAUAUUUUCUUUUAAUUGGCCAGUCUGAGAUAUGGCUUUUUCUUUGCAACUCUGCCUAGAAGGUCAGCAUCCCGGACUCGCCUCUUCACUGUUGACGUUGAGACUGGUGUUUUGCGGGUACUAUUUAAUGAAGCUGCCAGUUGAGGACCUGUGAGGCGACUGUUUCUCAAACUAGACUCUAACGUAUUUGAUCAGUUGUGCACCGGGGCCUCCCACUCCUCUUUCUUUUCUGGUUAGAGCCAGUUUGCGCUGUUCUGUGAAGGGAGUAGUACACAGCGUUGCACAAGAUCUUCAGUUUCUUGGCAAUUUCUCGCAUGGAAUAGCCUUCAUUUCUCAGAACAAUAAUAGACUGACGAGUUUCAGAAGGAAGUUAUUUGUUUCUGGCCAUUUUGAGCCUGUAAUCAAACCCACAAUUGCUGAUGCUCCAGAUACUCAACUAGUCUCAAGAAGGCCAGUUUUAUUGCUGCUUUAAUCAGCACAACAGUUUUCAGCUGUGCUAACAUAAUUGAAAAAUGGUUUUCUAAUGAUCAAUUAGCCUUUUUAAAAUGAUAAACUUGGAUUAGCAAACACAACGUGCCAUUGGAACACAGGACUGAUGGUUGCUGAUAAUGGGCCUCUGUACGCCUAUGUAGAUAUUCCAUUAAAAAUCAGCCGUUUCCAGCAACAAUAGCCAUUUACAACAUUAACAAUGUCUACACUGUAUUUCUGAUCAAUUUCAUAUUAUUUUAAUGGACAAAAAAAUAUAUAUAUUUCGAAAACAAGGACAUUUCUAAGUGACCCCAAACUUUUGAACGGUGGUGUACAUAAUUAGACCUCAUCAUAUUACAUUAUAAAAGGACUGUGUUUGUCCUCCACUCAUAAUAUUGUUGGUUUGUGUCCCUCAGGGUUCUUCACAGCCAAGGGAGACCUGGUCAGCUCCAUCCUCUACCCUCAACCCAUCAACUUCCGCUUCUACCGAGACGCUAUUAAGUUCCUGCUCUUCCUGGGGGUUGUAGGUAAGCUCCGACACACAGUAGAGUUGCACAUCGUAAAAUAACUCACUUUUCAAUUAUUUUAAAUGGGUGCUAGACAAGUUGAGAAGUAUAAAAGUAUUACCAAGCAGCCCCUUAUAGCAAUUAGCCCCUUAUACUGUGUUAACAUAUAAUUUCAGCAUUAACCAAUAUUUAAUUGUGUUUCAGCAUUGUGUGGCACAGUAUACAGCAUUGUGAUCCUAAGCAGAACCAACGUAAGUAUUUGCAAUACCAACCUUAUUAAUACCAUGAGUUCAUUUUCACCCUAAUUGAUUAGAUAAACAAACAACAAUUGGGUGAUCUUGGAGCUGGACAAAAAUAUUUGACCCUCUGAGGAUUAUUAGGUUAUUCCAUAUAGGAUUUCUUAAUUAGAUGUAAUUGUGUCUCUAGACCACGUGGUGGGAGCUGGUGAUUCGGUCUCUGGACAUUGUGACCAUCGUGGUGCCCCCUGCCCUCCCUGCUGCCAUCACCACUGGCACCAUCUACGCCCAGGGUCGUCUGAAGAGAGAAGGGGUCUUCUGCAUAAGCCCCCCGCGCAUCAACAUCUCUGGGAAGGUCUCGCUCUUUUGCUUUGACAAGGUGAGGCCCCAAACCAGUAGGCCCUAGUGUGUGUGUGUGUGUGUGUGUGUGUGUGUGUGUGUUUUGGGGUGGAGGCAGCUAGGAGGACUGACAGCUGUAGAAAUUAUCUCUUGGUCGUGUUCUGUAGGCACACAACAGGAGAAAACAUUUUGAAACGGAGCUACUACCUGAGUUUUUCUUUUUCGUUGCAAAACGCUCUGCUACGUUACGCUCUACUGAACACAACCCUGGUGAACUAUUUUGAACCAGGAAGUGUGUGUCUACUCUCUAUUCUUCUGUAUAAAGACAGGCACUCUGACUGAGGAGGGGCUGGACGUGUGGGGGGUGAUGGAGGGUAGUGGAGCUGGGUUCUCUGAGCUGGUCCCUUACCCACACCUCCUGCCCCAGGGGCCCAUGCUCUCUGCCAUGGCCUGCUGCCACUCUGUGGCCUUGCUGGGGGGACAACCCCUGGGAGACCCUCUGGAGCUCAAGAUGAUCGAGUCCACCGGCUGGGUAAGACUGAGAAACCAAGGACCAGAUUUAUGGAGUGUUUGUAUUAGGUGCAAAGUCAUUUCUUCUUCAAUAGGGGCUGAAUAUUUCACCUGUGUGACUGACUGUUUUCCUGCCAGGAGCUGGAGGAGCCUGCAGGAGAUGACAAAACGUUAGACUCAGAGUUCGGAGGUCACAGGGUCCUGGCAGUGAUGCGACCCCCUUCCUGUCCACUCCAAUCUGAGAGUGUAGUGAGUAUCCCAUGUGGUGAUGCCCCCUGAGGUGUUCACAGAUCUGAAAGAGUUGAAUAAGUGAAUUCAAUGCGGUGGAAGAAGCUCUUAGCUUAUUGGUGGGCCAGAUCUGUGGACACCUAAGGGGUUAGCACUAUGAAAAAGUCUGUAUUAUCUAGGCCUAGGGCUAUGUGGGCCUGUUUCCUUAGUGACCUAGCCUUCCCCAUCUACUGACAAGGUUCUUUGUUCUUGGGUUCCUCUCAGAGAUCAUAGGAUCUCUGCAAUGUUUGUGUCAUUGGGAACACUUGAUGAGUUGAUUAUUUGAAUCAGCUGUGUAGUGCUAGGGCAAAAAACUAAAUGUGCACCUCUUGGGGUCGCCAGGACUGUGUUUGGGAAAUGCUGACCUACAGUAGAUAGUGGUUUGUGUCAGGAGUGUUGAGGCCGUUGUCGUAAACUGACUUCCAGUUAUCAUGACUGUUUAUGACGUCUGUGGCAUCGUUUUAACACCAUUAUGAAGGCCUUAUGAUGAAGGAUUCAAGCCAGGAAGUUUAACCAUGGUUUUCUUCUCUCCUCUCCUGUCCCAUUAGUCCAACCGUGAGGCGGUGGCCCUCGUGCAGCGUUUCCCUUUCUCCUCGUCCCUCCAGCGGAUGAGUGUGGUGACGGUGGCCCCCGGGGGACAGCCUUCCCUCGCCUUUAUCAAAGGGGCCCCAGAGAUGGUGGCCAGCCUCUGCCUGAGAGAAAGCGGUAUAGAAGAAAGAGGGAGACAGAGUGGAGAGAUGGAGAGCGCUAUGAAAUUAUAGAUAAUUCACAGAAAUAAUAAAUUGCCAUAAGAUUAGCAUUGGCACUGGUUCAACUUAAUUUUGUGAGGUGAUGUAAUUGUGUUUUAAGUCUGUAUUGUUUUGGUUAUUGUUUAGUUCUACUGUCUGUCUUUUAACACGUGUCUUGCAGUGCCUGCACAAUUCUCAAACACCCUACGUACUUUCGCAAGUGACGGCUUCAGGGUGCUAGCUCUCGGCUACAAAACUCUGGAUGGGCAGACUGACUUGAGCACCACUGAACGGUAAGACAUUUUUAUGAAGAACUUCAAAUGCGGUUAUGUCCCUUCUAGCUCCUAGCUACUACCCAAGUCCUCAAUGACUUCUUCUAAGCAUGUGCCUGUAGCUCCGAUGGUGAACUAUCACGUCAGUAGGUGUUGAUGGAGCUGUGUUGGUGUCCACAGGGUGGAGGUAGAGAGAGACAUGCAGUUCCUGGGUCUGCUGGUGAUGAAGAAUCUGGUCAAGCCAGAGAGUGCUGAGGUCAUCACUACCCUCAGAUUGGCACAUCUUCGUACCGUCAUGGUCACUGGUAUGAAUAGCAUAUCUCUUUUGUCUUUGUAGCCGAAACAUAAUUGGACUAUUAGAAAUAUCAAUCAUGGCCAUAGAGGAACGCAGUGUACAGGUUCCCCCCCCCCCCCCCCCCCCCAGGAGGGUUAGUGCUGGGCUAGAACAAAAACAUGCACACGCUAUGGCCCUCCAGAGCAACCCAUUCUAAGGCAUACACUCUUAAGUCCAAUCCUCUCACUCAAAGAUAUUACAGUAUGUCUCAUAGUAGGCCACCUAGCCUAAGUAUUUCCUUUCCUACUUCACAGGUGACAACGUUCUGACUGCAGUCAACGUGGCUCAAACUUGUGGGAUGGUGGGCUCGAACGAGAGGGUGAUUUUUGUUCACGCCACCCCCCAGACGGGCCAGUCUAUGCCCUCACUGCGCUUCCACCUGGGGGAAGGAGGGACGGGGACCACAGCCACACAGAGCUCCAUAGACAUCUACACUCAGGUUUGUCUUUACCUCAUGCUAGGGCGAAUCUUAACUUCCACUCAAGUCGAAUUUUCACCAUAAAAAUGCACCACCUAAUUGAACAUUUGUGCUUAUAGCCUACUGCCGUGUGUGCAUUGCUGCGCUUAUAAUGUGAAGAAAUAGCCUUCUAGUUUAUCAAAAUGUUAAGCUAAAUGUUCUGAUCUGUUGUGUCACGCUCAUUGCUUAAAACAUUUUUUUUAAUGCUUGUGGCUGUAUUAAUUUGGGAUCUAUCGCAUCCCACAACUGUCCCAGACUAUGUUUGGAAAAUGUAUUUAUCGCACAGAAUAGAAUAGGUCGACUUUUGUGCUAUGGGGUAUAGUAGAUUUGACAUAGGCUAGUGCUUUUGCUGUUCAUUAGGCCUACUCAUCUUGUUGGCUGACGAAAAGUAAAUGUGGACAGUUCUUCCAAUAUCUUCAAUAUGCGCCUCGGAAUUGGAUAAGGACGCGCGCAGUUGCGUUCCCGAUAUGUCGGUCUUCACUUGUAGCCUGUGAGAAAGACCCAAUCAUGUGAGUGAGAGGUGCUUCGGCACACAGCCGGGAGAAGGGAAUUAUAAUUAUUAUAUUCAGCCCAAGGGCACGAUGGCCACUGGCCGCAAAAGGCAUGGAUUAUUUUAGGGGUCAUUACCGCCACACAAAGGGGAUGCAGCUGGUAAAUUCAAGGCAUUAUCAAGUGCUUGUCAUUGUGAAUGAGAGACUAAUGAAGUGUGUACAGCCUGCGCAAAAACAAAAUGCCGAGCUCAUCCCUUUCAUGCGACUUUUUUCAAAUCAUCAUUAGUCGCAUCAUGCAGCCUUAGAAUGUAUUAAAUAUCAAAACAUAUAGGCCAAUAUUUGUAUCACAACUAAAGUUACAUAAAUAACUAAAUUAAGCAUAUUGGAGUACCUGUUUCUUUGUUAACUGCUCAACACAGAAUAGCCACAUGUGCGCACUCCCUCAAAUCAUUUGGAGAAAAUAUCCUUUCUAUUUUAUUCAGCUAUGUUCAGUUGCAUUCUUCAUACUAUAAAAUAAUGCCACGGAAUUCUAAGCAAAUCUUGUCUGCUAAAUGAACUAGUGUAGCCCACAGCCAUAUGGCAUAGCCAGAUCAGGGCCUAACAUAAGGACAACUCAGAGUAUGCUAUUCUGGUCUUCUGAAAUAGACUACAUUUUCUUCAUAUCAUGUUUCUUUAGACCUGUCUAAAAUAAGUAAUGGAUUUAUUGAGAUGGUUUAGGCUAUAUUACAUGGAUUUAUUAGACUUUUAAAAAAAUUUAAAUGUUCCAAAGGUCUGCAUUGGUGGCUUGUAGGCUAUGCAUGGAAGCCAGGAGAUGCUAAAUGUGUUUGUUAAUUAACGGUCAGUUACCGUGAGACCGGCAGUUAUUUGCUUGACAAUCACCGCCUGACAAUUUCAUGACCGCCACAAGCCUAGUCAUGCAUUGAUGUCAAUGGGAGACUAAGUGAAAAUUUGGCAGGUUGGCAUUUAUUGUCAUGAAUCUUGCCCUGGAGGCAGCUCUGCAGAGUGGUCAUUAACUGGUAGAGCCACAAGGUCAUAAAAUCAGAUUUUAACCUUAAAUUAAGACCAAAAAGCACAUUUUCAUAAAUUUUUACGAUAUAGAAAAUGUUGACUUUGCAGCUGGCCCAGCUUGCGGAAAUCGCUCAGUUCUGCCUCCUGGGCAGAUUCAUGACAAUAAACAUCAACCUGCGAAAAUUUUAGGAAGUGGAAGUUAGGAUCCACCCCACUGUUCUUUCAUGUUAUCAUUUUAUUUUGAGGCAGACCUAUGCCUUGUGCCAUACCGAUUACGGAAGCUACUGUCUGUAAUACUCCUGUUCACCACCCCUUGUUUUCUCAGGGUCUGUACCAGGGUGGUAUCAACUAUCACCUGGCCAUCAAUGGAAAGUCCUUCUCCGCCCUGUGUGACCACUUCCCUGAGUAUCUGCCAAAGGUGAGACCACCUUCCCAUUGUCCACUGUACUCAACCACCCGGUUAGCUGAAUAGUCUUAACACAUACCAGGGAAAUGGUUCUGAAUGGUCAGUAUGAUGCUAUUGUGUAGAAUAGAGAAUACAUUAUGAGUGUGUUGUGUUUUCAGGUGUUGAUGCGAGGAACGGUCUAUGCACGGAUGGCCCCUGAACAGAAGACUCAGCUGGUCACAGAGCUGCAGAAACUGAAGUAAGAGAGAGGGAGCAAAGGUGGAAAGAACAGAGGAAACCAGUCAGGGAAGAGGAGACCAGUGGAGGAGACAAGACUAGAAUGAGAGAGAUGGAGGGUAGAGUCAUGCGUAGGGAAAAGGAGGAAGACACAAAGAAACUCUGUAGCAAACCAAAGGCAAAUGAAGGUACAUGAAAGGAUAGAUGGAAAGACAGGAAGAUGGGCAGAUUCUUCCAUUGAUCUGCUCUCUUCGACACAGCUCGGUAGUGUGAAAAGGGUAUAGGCCUAAGUUCUCACCCAUUCACCUUCUCUCUCCCUCCCUGUGUAGCUACCGAGUGGGCAUGUGCGGAGACGGGGCCAAUGACUGCGGAGCCCUAAGGGCCGCAGACGUAGGCGUGUCUCUGUCGGAGGCAGAAGCGUCCGUGGCCUCUCCCUUCACCUCCAAGUCAGACAACAUCAGUUGUGUGCCUCUACUCAUCCGGUAAGGACACCACACUCUGUUCAAGAGUAGCCUGACAUCAACACAUCCAACAGUAACGAGUACUGUAAUGUCAUAGGAAAAAUAAUAUGUGCAGUUGUCAUUCUUUUAUGACAAGGGUGAUUCGUCCUCUGUUUCACAGGGAGGGCCGGUGUUCUCUGGUGACGUCAUUCAGUCUCUUCAAGUACAUGGCCUUGUACAGUCUCAUCCAGUUCUCCUCUGUGCUCAUCCUCUACACUGUGAGUUCUACAGUAGUUGCUCUGCCAAGCUUACAAUGUUUAUUUACCCCUGGAAAGACAGGCAGGAGAUGUGCAGUAGUUUGGAGGGGUUCAUGGUGCAUACUUCCUCAUGUUUCAUCACUUUAGCCAAAAUACUAAGAAUGCGUUGAAAUGUUAUUUUACCCUCCCCCACAUAUAGCAUGUGUUGACUCUCUCUGCCAUUUUGUGUACCCCAUUCAGGAGAAGACUAACCUGGGCGACCUGCAGUUCCUGUUCUUUGACAUGGUCCUGGUGACGCUGCUGGCUAUCGUCAUGGGGAAAGGGGGCCCAAGCACAGAGCUGCACCCCCAGCGGCCCCCAGCCAGCUUGCUGGCGCUGCCAGUCCUGGCUAGCCUGACGCUGCACACCCUGCUGCUCAUCCUGGGCCAGGUGUCUGCUCUGCUGAUCACCACCUCCCAGGACUGGUAAGAACCAUUGAUGAAUAGUGAUUAUGAUCAGCUUGAUUUGUAUAGCACCUUUAUAAAUUAAAUAUUAUAUAGUAUUAAAGUCUUCAUAUCUCAAAAUCAAUGUCAUGUGGUUAAUGAAAAUUAUACAAAUCUAAAAGUAACUUAUAUUGCCAUUGCCAGCUAUGUAAAAAUAGCCUACAUAAAGCCAACAAAUAAAAACAUUGCAGCCCGCAGGUAGAAAAUAUCCUGAUAAAUAUCCUAUAAAUUACAUUGGCUACGCAUGGCCUGUCUGCAAGGAACUUAAAACAUUGUAUCAACUAUUGUAUUCACUUGGUCUGGCACGAAGCUCGUGCUAGUAAACUUGCAACAUUGUAGAAAAUAUUCUGGACCCUCAGAGUUUCCAGCGCCAGUGAGCUCCGGACAGAGCUAUUUUGCGCAAGGAAUAAGAAGUAAUUAGGUAGGCCUAUUUUAUGACGUUUCCACCGGAUCAGAGCAUGACAAUUUUUUCCCCUUUCAUGCUAAGUGGUAAUCGAAAGGGAGAGAGCUGGAAAGAUUUUUCAAAUAGGCUAAAUUGAGGAACUAUUGUCAUUCUCAAUGGAUGUGAAAACAGACUUUGUUUACUUGCUGUUUGAGGCGAAGAAAAAAAUACUUUGAGGAGCUCCACAGUGAUGGUGAGUUAAGACAAUCAGAAAUAGUAUCAGAUCCCCAAAUGGGUACAUUUAUAGGCCUACAUUUGCGUGCAGGCCAGGUAGACUAGUCCUACUUCUAUAUGUGUAAUCAGGUGCGUGUCCUUACUCAAGAUUGACAGGAGCGCUCCAAACAAAAGUCAAUGAAUAAAUUCACAACUCAUAAAUGGAAUGAAAUAAACAAACUUUUUUCCCACAAGUGUAGCCUAGGUUGUGCGCUCUGCAAACAAUGUGUCCACUCCUACAAUGACAACGGUAAGACUGUAAUAAUAAUAUAUUGAAUGCAUUAACAGAAAUUAACCAAACAAACAUUGUAGAUUAGAAAUUAAGGGAAUUAACUGUAAAUGUUCUACUGGUGAUACUGGUGUGCCAUCCCUGCGGCCUCCACAAUGGAUUCUGACAGGUGUGAAUCAGACAGGUGUCUCGUGUGCCAUAAUUUAAUUGUAUAUAUAUUUGCCACUGCUCGACUAAAAAAAUCUUGGUCAACCAACAGCCUAUCAACCAAACAAUCGACCAGUCGACUAAAUGUGGUCAGCCUUAAUAAUUUUUGUAAUUAGUGAUGGGGGAUCGAUACAGUAGAGUAUCUCAAUAUUAUUUUUGCCAAUUUUUAUAUUGAUACUCUGACUACACUUAUCGAUUCUAAAAUAAAAUACAAAUAUUUGUAAAAAAUUGCUAGCUAGUUAACGUUACCUAGCUCUAGACUAGUCGGCUGUACCUGCUCCAAAACUCAUCCUAUAUAACAUAUUGCUCACUAUAGGUCUGCUGCAGUGGGACGAGAGAGCCAUGAAAAAACGAGUUUGUGCUAAAAACAUGUUGGCUCACCAUUUAAAAAGAACAUGGAGAAAGGCUUGUUCUCCGUGUUCUUUUUAAAUGGUGAGCCAACAUGUUUUUAGCACUUUUAGCACAAACUCGUUUUUUCAUGGCUCUCUUUUGUCCCUCUGCAGCAGACAUACAGUGGGGAGAACAAGUAUUUGAUACACUGCCGAUUUUGCAGGUUUUCCUACUUACAAAGCAUGUAGAGGUCUGUAAUUUUUAUCAUAGGUACACUUCAACUGUGAGAGACGGAAUCUAAAACAAAAAUCCAGAAAAUCACAUUGUAUGAUUUUUAAGUAAUUAAUUUGCAUUUUAUUGCAUGACAUAAGUAUUUGAUACAUCAGAAAAGCAGAACUUAAUAUUUGGUACAGAAACCUUUGUUUGCACACACUGCAGCAGGGAUUUUGGCCCAUUCCUCCAUACAGACCUUCUCCAGAUCAUUCAGGUUUCGGGGCUGUCGCUGGGCAAUACAGACUUUCAGCUUCCUCCAAAUAUUUUCUAUUGGGUUCAGGUCUGGAGACUGGCUAGGCCACUCCAGGACCUUGAGAUGCUUCUUAUGGAGCCACUCCUUAGUUGCCCUGGCUGUGUGUUUCGGGUCGUUGUCAUGCUGGAAGACCCAGCCACGACCAAUCUUCAAUGCUCUUACUGAGGGAAGGAGGUUGUUGGCCAAGAUCUCGCGAUACAUGGCCCCAUCCAUCCUCCCCUCAAUACGGUGCAGUCAUCCUGUCCCCUUUGCAGAAAAGCAUCCCCAAAGAAUGAUGUUUCCACCUCCAUACUUCACGGUUGGGAUGGUGUUCUUGGGGUUGUACUCAUCCUUCUUCUUCCUCCAAACACGGCGAGUGGAGUUUAGACCAAAAAGCUAUAUUUUUGUCUCAUCAGACCACAUGACCUUCGCCCAUUCCUCCUCUGGAUCAUUCAGAUGGUCAUUGGCAAACUUCAGACGGGCCUGGACAUGCGCUGGCUUGAGCAGGGGGACCUUGCGUGCGCUGCAGGAUUUUAAUCCAUGACGGCGUAGUGUGUUACUAAUGGUUUUCUUUGAGACUGUGGUCCCAGCUCUCUUCAGGUCAUUAACCAGGUCCUGCCGUGUAGUUCUGGGCUGAUCCCUCACCUUCCUCAUGAUCAUUGAUGCCCCAUGAGGUGAGAUCUUGCAUGGAGCCCCAGACCGAGGGUGAUUGACCAUCAUCUUGAACUUCUUCCAUUUUCUAAUAAUUGCGCCAACAGUUGUUGCCUUCUCACCAAGCUGCUUGCCUAUUGCCCUGUAGCCCAUCCCAGCCUUGUGCAGGUCUACAAUUUUAUCCCUGAUGUCCUUACACAGCUCUCUGGUCUUGGCCAUUGUGGAGAGGUUGGAGUCUGUUUGAUUGAGUGUGUGGACAGGUGUCUUUUAUAUAGGUAACGAGUUCAAACAGGUGCAGUUAAUACAGGUAAUGAGUGGAGAACAGGAGGGCUUCGUAAAGAAAAACUAACAGGUCUGUGAGAGCUGGAAUUCUUACUGGUUGGUAGGUGAUCAAAUACUUAUGUCAUGCAAUAAAAUGCAAAUGAAUUACUUAAAAAUCAUACAAUGUGAUUUUCUGGAUUUUUGUUUUAGAUUCCGUCUCUCACAUUUGAAGUGUACCUAUGAUAAAAAUUACAGACCUCUACAUGCUCUGUAAAUAGGAAAACCUGCAAAAUCGGCAGUGUAUCAAAUACUUGUUCUCCCCACUGUAUAGUGAGCAAUAUGUUUGGAUCAUAGAAUCGCAAUACAUAUUGUAUCAGCACCCAAGUAUCGUGAGGUCCCUGGCAAUUCCCAGCCCUAUUCUUAAUGACACAGAAUAAUGUUCUGAUAUUUUGAGGAGGGGAAAUUAAGGGUUCUCAUUGGAAUGGAUCCUUGAGAAGGACCAAAGGACUAAUAAGAAGGGUUUUGGGUGUGACUCACAUCAUUUUAAACCUCAAUGUGACUAUCAAAAACACAGCAGCUCAAUUACUUUCAACAAACGCAGUGCAUUAUGGGAGAAUGUCUAGGUAAAUGCAUAUUAAUUAUUCCUCUCUUCUUUUAGGUUUGUUCCUCUCAAUUCGACAAUGUCAGGUGCAGCGAACCUGCCCAACCUUGAGGACACCAUUGUGUUUGACCUGUCAGGGUACCAGUACAUCAUCAUGGCGGUGGUGGUGACUAAAGGAUACCCCUACAAGAGACCUCUGUACUACAACGGUGAGGCACCAACCAGGGGGCUACAGACAUAUCACAUCAUUCUUUGUGGGGUUUGGUAACGUUGUACGAAUGUGCCUUGCAAAUCAAAGUCACAAAAAAAGCACCUACUGCUGGGCCUCCUUUCCCCCCGUUGACGUUCAUUCAGUGUGCUGUAGAGGUUAGUUUACUUGAUUGUUCAAUUUAAAAAUAGGUUUGAAGUCAAGCUGAUUCCACCCAUGCAAAUGGACUAGACUUGAAACCAAUGUUGAGGUACUAAACCAUCUGACACUUAGAUUUGAGUGAACGAUCCCUUUAAGCAGUGAACUCUGAUAAUCACAGUAGCUGCCAAGGUCUCUUACAUGAUGCCCAUAUUUUCUCUCUCUCCUAACAGUGGUUUUUGUGUGUGUGCUGCUGGUCUUGUUCGCUCUGAUGAGUUGGCUGGUGCUAGCUCCAGUGCCUUUCCUGCGCAAGCUGUUGAAGCUUUACGACAUCCCAGAUAUGAACUUCAAAAUCCUGCUGGUGGCUCUGGCCGCACUCAACUUUGUCAUCUGCUUCCUAUUGGAGGUACUGUAUGCAGAGCCAACCCAUGGUUGUUAAAAAAGUGUCCUUCCUUCCUUCCUUGAGGUAAUCUCAUGUUAGGAUUCAGCCCUUAGUAAGUAUGGUUACAUGGACACAAUAAUGCGAUUAUUGUGGAUAGUCAGAUUAAUAUAAUAGUUUGAUUAAAACAUUUACAUGCUUUGCAAGAAGAACGAUUUCCCAAAAAAUCCUGUUUACAUGGACACAUCUGAAAUCAGGCUACUUGAUGGCACUCUGAUAAAUGCAGAAAAUCGGCAAUCAAAAUAAACGUUCUACCACAGCGACCAUGUUAUUUUUUGGAAGCAUAUUUUAUUCUGAGUUUGGACAUAUAAAAUGUGUAUGUGAAAACUACUUCAAAGAGGCAUACAUUGUCCGAACUCACUUCACUCGUGCUAAAGAGGGAGGCUCGCUCGGCUGGUGCUAGCACAUGUGCAGAUCAAAUACACCGCUGCAGCACCGAUUUACGGUGUUUACAUGUCCUAAUAAUUUGAAAGAUUGCUCAGAAAACCAGGGGCCUCAUUUAUCAAUAUUGCGUAGAAACUAUUCUUUAAAUACUACUUACGAACGGAAUUUAGAAUGUUCGUAUGCAUAGGACAAAGUGUGAUUUAUCAAACAAUCCUACGAGCGUCAUAUGCACAGCGGUAGGAGAUAACCAUUGAUAAAUACCACAGGAGGCUGCUGAGGGGAGGACGGCUCAUAGAAUCAAACACAUAGAAACCAUGUUUGACGUAUUUGAUUCCACUCCAGCCAUUACCACGAGCCCUUCCUCCCCAAUUAAGGUGCCACCAACCUCCUGUGAUAAAUACCAAUGGUUCUCGUGCUCGUGCACGACCUUGGCUAUUUGCAUUUCGAAACGCCCCUAAUUAAACAUAUGGUCAAAAUCAUCCCUUUAAAGCCUGUGUGGACUAUACAACGAGGAGAAAAAACCCCAUCUGAGACUGAAAUAGAGGUGUUAGUGUCAGAGAUUGAGUACAACUAAAAUGUUUUAUUUGGCUUGCUCAGUUGUGGCUUGACGAGUAAAAACCAUUUAUGAAAAUUCACAUUGCUUUAGCAAUGGCAAAUAUAUUUCAAAUGAGUAGGCAACACUCACUAAUAAUCCAUCCUCAACAGCUCCCUCCUAUAGGCAUAUAGGCCAACAUUGCUGUUCUGCAGAAUGAACGAGUCGUUUGUUCCACCACAUUCAGCAGCAUCUUUUGCACAUCACCUGCACAUUAAAAGUGGAAGCCUUUUCUGUUCAUAGUUGAAAUUGUUUUGGGAUGGUGCUGUUAUGGCGAUGUGGGUGUUGUCUAUUGCUCCGUUCGUAUUUGGGAACCCAUUGAUGGCAUCAUGGCAAAGAAACCCCUCUUGACUUCACCUGUUGUGCAAUGGUGUAUGUAAAUGGUAUGUUUUACUGUUCGUUUUGCUGAUGAUUGCAUCCAAAACAUUGGCUCUUCGAGGGCUGUGAGGUCGGCAGGCUCCCACUGAAAAGUGCCCGUUUCCCAAAACCCGAGGGUGGAUAGCAUUUGGAAGUGCACCGGAAUGGCAUGUUUGUCUUUUUAAGGUAGGUCUUAAAUCCUUGCAAAAACCCUAUAAAUUGGUUUUGGGAAACGAUAUCUGUUGAGCCAAUCUGUACUUUCUGCAAAAAAAGAGUCACACCCGUCUCCAAAAACCGCACAGCGUGUGCCAAAUCUUCAAAUAGAGCAAGAUCAGACAACUCUCAUUUGAUUUCCCAUUAUCAGUCUUUUAUAGUGUUUCAACAACACUCACACGUGCCUCUAAUUUAACAAAUUACUGUACUUUAUAUGGAUUAUUAUUAGGGCUGUCCCUGACGAACAAAAUAUUGGUCGACCGAAAGUCUGUUCUUUCGACCAAUUGAUUGUUUAAAAAAAAAGUAUAUUUUUCUAUAUAGACACACCCUAUGUGUUUUAAUAAAAUCAACUCUAUAUGCAUUGAGCUUGUCUGAUGCUUUAAGCGCACUGUUUGAUAAAAUAAGACACGACUCAAGAGGGAGCCAGAGAUCAAGAUAACCAGAAGAAGAAAAAAUGUAAUCUGACCCGACCAUCCUCCUCCCGCUCCUACUUGCUUUCGCAGAUUCUGCCGUUACUCUCCUGAAGUUGCCGGUAAUAGAGUAAUACAGUAUGAGUCAUAAUACCCAUAAAACCUAGCGGUCAAACAGGGAAAUGGUUCCAAUCAUUUUUCCACCAUUCAUUUAGGGCUGUGUUUCAUGUAGGCUUACCCUGGCGUGACGUUUUGAUAAGUGUAAAUCUCUCUAGGACAAGGUGACUUUUAUUAAUAUAUUCGCCUGUAUUUUGUAUUUCUUAUUUAUUAAGGAUCCCCAUUAGAUGCUGCCUUCCUGGGGUCCAGCAACAUUAAGGCGGUUAUAUACAAUUUAAAAUACUACAUGACAUUACAUUUUUGUAUUUAUUAGGGAUCCCCAUUAGCUGCUGCCAAGGCAGCAGCUACUCUUCCUGGGGUCCAAACACAUUAAGGCACUUACAUUACAUAUCAAACAAAAGAUAACACAGUACAUCAUAUACAGCAACAUUAUUACACCACUACAUACAGUGGGGGAAAAAAGUAUUUAGUCAGCCACCAAUUGUGCAAGUUCUCCCACUUAAAAAGAUGAGAGGCCUGUAAUUUUCAUCAUAGGUACACGUCAACUAUGACAGACAAAAUAAGAAAAAAACAUCCAGAAAAUCACAUUGUAGGAUUUUUAAUGAAUUUAUUUGCAAAUUAUGGUGGAAAAUAAGUAUUUGGUCACCUACAAACAAGCAAGAUUUCUGGCUCUCACAGACCUGUAACUUCUUCUUUAAGAGGCUCCUCUGUCCUCCACUCGUUACCUGUAUUAAUGGCACCUGUUUGAACUUGUUAUCAGUAUAAAAGACACCUGUCCACAACCUCAAACAGUCACACUCCAAACUCCACUAUGGCCAAGACCAAAGAGCUGUCAAAGGACACCAGAAACAAAAUUGUAGACCUGCACCAGGCUGGGAAGACUGAAUCUGCAAUAGGUAAGCAGCUUGGUUUGAAGAAAUCAACUGUGGGAGCAAUUAUUAGGAAAUGGAAGACAUACAAGACCACUGAUAAUCUCCCUCGAUCUGGGGCUCCACGCAAGAUCUCACCCCGUGGGGUCAAAAUGAUCACAAGAACGGUGAGCAAAAAUCCCAGAACCACACGGGGGGACCUAGUGAAUGACCUGCAGAGAGCUGGGACCAAAGUAACAAAGCCUACCAUCAGUAACACACUACGCCGCCAGGGACUCAAAUCCUGCAGUGCCAGACGUGUCGCCCUGCUUAAGCCAGUACAUGUCCAGGCCCGUCUGAAGUUUGCUAGAGUGCAUUUGGAUGAUCCAGAAGAGGAUUGGGAGAAUGUCAUAUGGUCAGAUGAAACCAAAAUAGAACUUUUUGGUAAAAACUCAACUCGUCGUGUUUGGAGGACAAAGAAUGCUGAGUUGCAUCCAAAGAACACCAUACCUACUGUGAAGCAUGGGGGUGGAAACAUCAUGCUUUGGGGCUGUUUUUCUGCAAAGGGACCAGGAAGACUGAUCCGUGUAAAGGAAAGAAUGAAUGGGGCCAUGUAUCGUGAGAUUUUGAGUGGUCCUUCCAUCAGCAAGGGCAUUGAAGAUGAAUUGUGGCUGGGUCUUUCAGCAUGACAAUGAUCCCAAACACACCGCCCUGGCAACGAAGGAGUGGCUUCGUAAGAAGCAUUUCAAGGUCCUGGAGUGGCCUAGCCAGUCUCCAGACCUGAACCCAAUAGAAAAUCUUUGGAGGGAGCUGAAAGUCCGUAUUGCCCAGCGACAGCCCCGAAACCUGAAGGAUCUGGAGAAGGUCUGUAUGGAGGAGUGGGCCAAAAUCCCUGCUGCAGUGUGUGCAAACCUGGUCAAGACCUACAGGAAACGUAUGAUCUCUGUAAUUGCAAACAAAGGUUUCUGUACCAAAUAUUAAGUUCUGCUUUUCUGAUUUAUCAAAUACUUAUGUCAUGCAAUAAAAUGCAAAUUAAUUACUUAAAAAUCAUACAAUGCGAUUUUCUGGAUUUUUGGCAGUGUAUCAAAAUCGGCAGUGUAUCAAAUACUUGUUCUCCCCACUGUAUCUACAAUACAACAUUAUUACAAUGUAAGCUGUGUGCUAGUAGUUUUAAACAAACAGCUCGGUACAUUCAGCUUGUCAACACUUCUUACAAAAACAAGUAGUGAUGAAGUCACUCUCUUCCACUUUGAGCCAUGAUAGAUUGACAUGCAUAUCAUUAAUGUUAGCACCCCAUGUACUUUUAAGGGCCAGCCAUGAUGCCCUGUUCAGAGCCAAUUGUAAUUUUCCUAUGUCCCUCUGUGGCACCUGACCACACUACUGAACAGUAGUCCAGGUGCGACAAAACUAGGGCCUGUAGGACAUGCCUUGUUGAUAGUAUUGUUAAGAAGGCAGAGCAGCACAUUAUUAUGGACAGACUUCUCCCCAUCUUAGCUACUGUUGUAUCAACAUGUUUUGACCCUGACAGUUUACAAUCCAGGGUUACUCCAAGCAGUUUAGUGACUUCAACUUGCUAAAUUUCCACAUUAUUUAUCAUAUUUAGUUGAGGUUUAGGGUUUAGUGAAUGAUUUGUCCCAAAUACAAUGCUUUUAGUUUUUGAAAUAUUUAGGACUAAUUUAUUCCUUGCCACCCAUUCUGAAACUAACUGCAGCUCUUUGUUAAGUGUUGCAGUGAUUUCACUCUCUGUAGUUGCUGACGUGUAUAGUGUUGAGUCAUCCGCAUACAUAGACACACUGGCUUUACUCAAGGCCAGUUGCAUGUCAUUAGUAAAGAUUGAAAAAAGACAGGGGCCUAGACAGCUGCCCUGGGGAAUUCCUGAUUCUACCUGGAUUAUGUUGGAGAGGCUUCCAUUAAAGAACACCCUCUGUGUUCUGUUAGACAGGUAACUCUUUAUCCACAAUAUAGCAGGGGGUGUAAAGCCAUAACACAUGUUUUUCCAUCAGAUAAUGUCAAAAGCCACACUGAAGUCUAACAAAACAGCCCCCACAAUCAAUUUCGCUCAGCCAAUCAGUAAUUUGUAUAAGUGCUGUGCUUGUUGCAUGUCCUUCCCUAUAAGCGUGCUGAAAGUCUGUUGUCAAUUUGUUUACUGUAAAAUAGCAUUGUAUCUGGUCAAAGACAAUUUUUUCCAAAGGUUUACUAAGGGUUGGUAACAGGCUUAUUGGUCGGCUGUUUGAGCCAGUAAAGGGGGUUUUACUAUUCAUGGGGUGCGGAAUUACUUUUGCUUCCCUCCAGGGAGAGGACACACACUUUCUAGUAGGCAUAAAUUGAAGACGUGGCAAUAUCGUCCGCUAUUAUCCUCAGUAAUUUUCCAGACCCCGGUGGCUUGUCAUUGUUGCUAGAUAAACAAAAAAAUGUUCACUUUACGGAAUUCGAUCAGUUAUACUUGGCCUGUAUUUAACCCCCCCCCCCAAAAAAAAUGAAAUGCUAAUGUGGCUAUCAUAAAGAACUACAAAUGCCAUGACGAUCUGGGCGAGACUGCCGAAUCGAGGCAAAUGUAAGAAUCUCUGGAUUAUCCAUCUAAUGUUAGCUAAAUGUAAUAAUGAAUACAUUUGCAAAAUGUAUAUAAAUGGACAAUUCUGUGAAUGGUCUUGUGCAAGUUAUGGAUUUUUGUAGUUUUGUCUGCUUUUAUCACAUUAGCAUUUUCGAAUCAUAGUAAAUAGAGCCAAAAAAUAUUGACAAAAGUCACCUUGUUCGAUAGACUUAUGGUUAUCAAAACGUUACGCCAGGGUAAGCCUACAUGAAACACAGCCCUUAUUUUAAGUGUUUCUAAAAUCCUUUAUGGGAAAAAUGAAUGGUGGAAAAACUAUUGGAACCAUUUCCCUGUUUGACAGCUAGGUUUUAUGGGUAUUAUGACACACACCUCCACUGUUGCGCUCUAUAGGCUACACGAGGAGUCAGCAACGUCUUUCUCAUAUGGAAUGCCAAUUUAUCUUACCAUUUCUACCGAUCUGCGUGCCAGUUGUUUUCAUAUGCACAUUUUCAUGGAACAGUUUCAUUUAAUUUAUUAUGUCUUCGUAUCUCAAAAUCAUUGUCAUGUGGUUAAUCAAAAUGAUAAACCUAAAAAGUAACUUCUAUUGCCAUUGCCAACUAUGUAAAAAUAGCCUAUAAAGCCAACAAAUAAAACCACAUUGGCUAUGCAUGGCCCUGUUUGCAACGAAUCAACUAUUAACUUGGGCUGAAGCUCACACUAGCAAACUUGCAACAUUGUAUAAAAUAUUCUGGGCCCUCAGAAUUAUUUGCACAAGGGAUAAGAAGUAAUCAGGUAGGCCCUAUUUUAUGACAUUUCCACUGGAUCAGAGCAUGAUAUUUUUCCCUUUCAUGCUGAGUGGUUAUCAAAAAGGAGAGAACUGGAAAGAUUUUUCAAAUACAUUGAGGAACUAUUGUCAUUCUCAAUGGAUGUAAAAACAGACUUCGUUUGCUUGCAGUUUGAGGUGAAGAAAACAUUUGCCUACUUUGAGAAGCUCCACAGCUCAUUAGUGUUAGUGCGUUAAGCAAAUCAGAAAUACUAUCAGAUCCCCAAAUGGAAACAUUUAUAAGCAUACAUUUGCGCGCAGGCAAGGUAGCCUAUAGGCCUACUUCUAUGCGUAAUCAGGUGAGCGUCCUUACUCAACAUUGACAGGAGCGCUACGCAUGAUUGAUAAGAGGCCCCAGGUGUUUUUAAUCGGCUUAUGCUUACUUUGAACUUGACCUUACGCCAAUUAACUGUAAGUCGCUCUGGAUAAGAGCGUCUGCUAAAUGACCAAUUUAUUAUUAUUAUUUAUUAUUAUUAAGAUAAGCAGAGUAAAGUGUUUACAUGACUACUGCCAUAAUCAGUUUAAUAUCAAAUUAUUACUAUGCAUUUAAACGUACUCAAUGACUGUGUGACUAUAUCCUACUGGUUCUCCUGUAGAUGCUGAUAGACCGAGGUAUGCUGAACUGCCUGCGUCUGCUCCGAGGGAGGCGCCAGUCCAAGAAGCAGUACAAGCGCCUAGAUGUCCUCCUGUCAGACUCUCCCUCCUGGCCCCCCCUGGACCAACAUCUAGCCCCGCCCCAGUGGCCUGAGCUAGCAUCAGCCUCUCCUCCCAUUGCACAAUAUUGAGAGAUUCGAUUAUCUGGCCCAGGUUGCCUCGAUGGGAGGAGUUUAAACCGGGUGAAAAGUGAUUGCAUUAGUUUUGGAACCGGGCUGCCCGGGCAUGAGCCAGCCAAGUGCCCAGCUCUGGCGAAGUCGGCUCAAAACAAAAGUGACGUAGGUUAAGCACGUGAAGUAAUGAGUAGGAUUCUGUGUUCACAUGUAAAAGUGAUUGCUUUUGAUAAACGCAUUCCGUCUUCCAAAGGAAAAUUUGAACAUAUAUUUUAUCGAUAAGCGGUGUAUGUUUCUGAAUGAUAAACCAUGCUCCCUUAUUGACAUGACCGAGCAGUGCAGAUUACUGUUCAAUUUGAGAAGGCGCUCCUUCUCAAACCGUGAACCGUGGUUAAUUUUAAUCGAACUCCCUCAAUAUUCCCCCUGCCAAAGAGUGCCUAUCUGAGCCACAUCCACAAUGUCGCAGUGAGGACAGUGAACAAACCUCUGAAGUCUGUUUUACACAUUUUCUUUUUCAACAGCAGUGUGAAGUGCAAUACUGUGCCACUGGUACCAGCCAGCGAUGUAAGAUUAUGAAAAAGUCAAAUGUUCAAUAUUAUUAGGAAUAAAAACUAUUUUUAU